AUGAUGAUGUCUAAUCUUCCAAAGGAUUUGGUAGAAGAAAUACUUUCUAGGGUUCCGGCAGCAGCUUUGAGACGUCUACGAUCUACUUGGUGUAUUCCGUGGUCGUCAAUCUCCAUGGAAUUCUUUGGCAUGUUGUAUGAUAAGUAUGUUUUGGGAUACGAAACCAAUACAUCUUCCCCUAGUUACAAAAUCUUGAGGGUUUUGUUUUGUCAACACAUAUUUAAGAUGGAAAUUUAUGAGGUUAACUCUAACUCAUGGAGGGUUCUUGAUGUUACUCCUGAUUGGUAUAUACGUUCUUGUGGCGUGGCUUUGAAAGAAAAUACUUAUUGGUUUGUACGAAAUGAUUAUGGAAAGGUGCAACUAUCUUCUAUCAGAGAAGAAAAGCUAUCACUGUUAUACAUGAUGUUUCAUCCAUUUCAGAUAGAAAUAUGGGUGACAGAUGAGAUUAAACCAGACUCUGUAUCGUGGAGUAAGUUCUUCACAGUGGAUAUGAUGAAACUACAAGGUACACAAACGUUUCCGAGUCAUAUGAAUUUUAUAAUUGAAGAGGAACAGAAAGUCGCUAUGUUUUGUGUUGUAAAAAUGAAGAAGGGCAAAUUAACCAACAUGGUAUACAUUGUUGGAGAGGAUGAAUUAAGAGAAGAAGAAGAUUUCGGAGAAUCUUCAAUAACAUCACCUUGCCCAAUUAUGUUCAGUUAUGUUCCAAGUUUGGUUCAAAUCUAA